AUGAAGAUAGUGGUAGAAACCAUGGUGGUGCUGUUUAAGGUACUCUACUACUGGCUAGAAGCUAUAGUUCUAGCUUGCCUACCCUCCAGUGUUAGGGGUAAGGAUAUCUCAGGAGAGACAGCUCUGAUCACAGGGGCGGGUAGUGGUAUUGGACGUCUAUUAGCUAAACGAUUCGCUGAUCAAGGAUGUCGUUUAAUAUUAUGGGAUAUCAAUACAGCUGGAAACGAAGCGACGGCGAAGGAAAUGAGGAAACGAGGUGUAACAGUUCGGACGUACACUGUUGAUCUGUCCAAUCGAGAGGACAUCUAUAAAGCGGCGGAAAAGGUCAGAACAGAAGUAGGUCAAGUAGAUGUGUUAGUCAACAAUGCAGGAAUCGUCACCGGCAGAAAAUUCCUCGAUUGUCCUGAUUCAUUGAUUCAAAAAACAAUGGAGGUCAACUCGGUUGCGCAUUUCUGGACAGUGAAGGCGUUUUUACCAACAAUGAUCCAAAGAAAUCAUGGUCACAUUGUAACGUUGGCUAGUUCAGCUGGUCUGGUUGGAGUAUCGGGAUUAGCUGACUACUGUGCCAGUAAAUAUGCCGCUGUAGGUUUUGACGAGUCUAUUAGAUUUGAACUGGAGAAAUUAGGUAAAGAUGGUGUCCAUACAACGGUUGUCUGUCCCUUUCUGAUCAACACUGGUAUGUUCGAUGGGUGCAUUGCAAAAUUUCCACUGCUGCUACCAAUCUUAGAUCCAGACUACGCUGUGGACAGUAUCAUGACAGCUAUAUUAAUCAACCAAGAAAUUAUAGUACUACCAAAAUCUUUAUACUUAGUCUUUGCCUUAAAGGGAAUUCUGCCAACAAAGUGCAGCCAUAUUCUGUCCAAUUUUUUUGAAGUUUCCAAUUGUAUGGAUGAUUUUAAAGGAAGAGGUGAGAAGAAGACACAGUGA